AUGGCUGAACGUUUAAUAGGAUUUAUUAAAGAAAAAAGUAGUGCAAUCAUAACAACUGUCCAAGAACAUGUUUCAUCAGUGACAGACACAACAGGAACACUUGCAAAACAAAAAUUAUUACAAACAUUAAUUUCAUCAGGUGUUGUACAAAGUGAACAUAUUCGACAUGCACUUCAAAUUGGUAUUGGUCAUUUUCUUGAUUGUCAGAUUGCUAAAACUGCCCAUACAUCUGAAUAUAUUCAACGAGAGAAAUUCCCAGCUGGUGGUACUCAAGUAACAAGACCACAUUCUUUACCUGAUUUUGAUAUUGAAGCAUAUGGACUUGAUAUAUUUUGUACUUUAAUGGAUAUUUAUGGUAUUGAUCCAUUGACAUUAAAGGAACAUGUAUGUGAAGGUGAACUUAAAGAAAUAGUAAAUCCAUCGAAUUCCGGUUCACUUCUUUAUCUUACAUCGGAUUCAACAUUUCUUAUAAAAACUGUACGUGAUUAUGAUGCAAAAUUUAUUGAACAGAAAUUUUUAAAUGAAUAUUUAAAUUAUGUUAAACGUACACCUGGUACAUUUAUUUCUAAAUUAUUUGGUAGUUUUGGUUAUAUACCAUAUUUAUCUGAACAAACUAAAAUAACAGUUGAUUCAUUUACAUUACGUUUUGCAAUAUUUCAAAAUUUUAUUCCAACAAAAAUUGAAAUACAUGAAAAAUAUGAUUUAAAAGGUUCAUCUUAUGGACGUGAUGCAAAUGCACAAGAAAAAAUGAAAACAUCAGCAACAUUUAAAGAUAAUGAUUUUCGUGAAAUACAUCCAAAGGGUUUGAAAUUACCUAAAAGUGUAUAUUAUCAUUUAAAAGAAGUUCUUACACGUGAUGUAGAAUUUUUAGAAAAACUGAAUAUUAUGGAUUAUUCAUUACUUUUAACUGUUCAUAAUAUGGAUAAUCAAGUAAAACCAAUACGUGUUACACCACUUGAAUCAUUAUUGGGUAAUGUUCGUGAUACAUUUCUGAUUGGUAUGACACAAGACAUUGAUCAAGGCGAUAAGAAAAAUAAAGAUGAAAAACCAAAAUUAGUAUUAAAAUUUAAAAAACCAAUUGAAACAUUAGGUCUUGGGUUUAAAGAAGUAUCAACAUAUGAUACAGAGAAUUCCAAAGAAUUUGGUGGUAUUCCCGCAGUUAAUGAAAAAGGUGAACGUCUUCUUCUAUUUUUUGGUAUUAUCGAUUUAUUACAAACAUUUGAUAUCUGUAAAGUUAUGCAACGAUCAUAUCAAACAGUUGAAAAUCGAGAAGCUGUUGAUGAUCGUUCUAUAGUUGAAGCUGAUUUUUAUGCCAAACGAUUUAAAGAAUUUCUUUUUGAAAGUGUUUUUCAGCCAGCUGACGAUGAACUCAAAACACAUCCUAUUUCAAUGAAUGUUUUCUCUCUUCCAUCGAGUUCUCAAAAACAAUCUGAUCAGAAGUCCAAUCAAGCUUCUGUACUUAAUGCUUUUCCAGAUGUACAUCGUCUUUAA